UCCCCGCCCCAACUCCCUCCUCCUCCUGCCUACCCAACGCAGAAAUGGACCACUUCCAACAGUAGAGAGCGGCUCGUCGAAGUCUGCACUGUGAAUCCCAUUCUUGCCAAAACCCCCCCCGCUCAAUCCUCUUUUAUCUUGUCAAACCUAUUAUCUACACUUAAUCCUCUUGUUGCGACUUCUCCCCGCUCCAAAGAACAUCCAAAACCUCGUCCGCUUUGCCACCAGAAUAUGGGUUUCUACCCAUAACCCCCCGUCAGAAAGCGCAACCUACACUACACGCCAACAACCACCCAACCAACCAACUCACCCAACCACAAACCACCCAACCACAAACCUCCCUCUACAUCAAACUCACCCCGACAUCCAAAAAAUAAAAUAAAAACAACAACAACAAAAUAUACGUUCAAGGCAGCAUCGCGUCCAAAAGUUCUUUGAAAGCGCUUCUACCAAACGAAUUACACAGACCUAGUCACAACCCUCCUCGAACGCCUGCCUGGCCUCAGCCUACACGUACUCAAGAAGAAGAGACAUUUCCUUUCUACAAAAACUCUCCUCAGUCACAGUCAUUUUAAUUAUUUCAUAUGUAUAUCAGCGUCCUGGUUUAAAAAGCAACAGCAGCAGCAACAGCAACGCGUCCUUACCUCUCCAUCUUCAAACAACACUCACUUUUCAGAUGGUAGCUGGGAUCUAGCCACCACCUCGAAAGACUUGCUUGAACUCGGACAGGCCACGAUGAUCCUCGAUAUUCUACUUUCUCCUCCAGUCGCCGCUCUUACAUUGUCCACCGGUAUUAUCGUCUCUGAAAGGAUCUCCAUUGCGCGGGUCUCUUCUGUGUAGCCUCUGCUUUCGAAACUCGAUUCAUACAGCUCUAUACAGCAACACACUACGUGUUACGUCUUAGAAGCUCAGCAUCAGGUCAGGAAUCUCACGGGACUAGUCUGCAAACGGUAUUAUCGGUUGGUUUUGUAUAGACGGCGACUGGAGUUGCGUCCCUUUACGGAGUAGUCUUCUGUGUCUUCUGAUGCUAGUCUCGUAACCUCGAUUAAUUCAAGAUGAACAGUGGCGAUGUUGAAUUGUCGCCGCCUUUUAUCACAACAUAUCAUCACGAUGGGCCAUACAGCUCGUCACUCUCUUCCUCCGCCUCAUCCUCGUGUGCGUCUGUCUUCUCAGACGCCGCCUCUCAAUCCUCGGACGAUUCGUCAGUACACUCGGGAGGCUCGUCCGACUCAGAACAAUCGGACGCCUACUGUCGCACAACCCGGCAAUCAUCAUACCAAUCACUAGAAGACCAAUGCGACGUCAUCACCCCGACGGAAUGUUGGCCGAAAAGCGUCCUGGCGAGCAGCGUUCCCCAAAAACGACCGCAUCCCAGGCGCACCUCCAAACUCGCCUCGCGCAAAGCGCGCCCCCCCCCUUCUCUGGUUCGACAGUGCGACCGAAAGGUCAGCUUUGUCGAUAGCUUAGUCGAUUCCUCCGCCCAAAUCGUUGAAGCGAUCUGGCCCCUUUCCUCCGUCGUGUGCCGUAGCGAGAUGGGCGCCAAAGGCGUCCUCCCCCUGCGCACCUUCAUCCAAGAGACCCUGCGGCGGUCUCAAACCAGCUACUCCACGCUCCAAGUCGCGCUCUACUACCUCAUCCUCAUCAAGCCCCACGUGCCCAGCUUCGACUUCACGAUGGAGCAGCCGGACGAGAGCCACGCGACGCGCGCCCUGCAGUGCGGGCGCCGCAUGUUCCUGUCGGCCCUCAUCCUGGCCUCCAAGUACCUGCAGGACCGCAACUACUCUGCGCGCGCGUGGAGCAAGAUCUGCGGCCUCAGCGCCCACGAGAUCAACCAGAACGAGAUGGCCUUCCUGGUUGCCGUCAACUGGCGCCUCCACAUCACCGACGCCGUCUUCCAGCGCUGGACAGACGUCGUGCUGAAGUUCACGCCGAGCCAGGCCCCGGCGGCCGCGGGCGGGCUUAUGGGCGCGCCCGCGCUGCCGGACUGGCGCGCGUUGAUACUCAAGCUUGAUGCUGAUCUGGGGAAUGUGGAGGCGGUGGUGAGGGAGGCGGCUCUGGCGACGGCGGCGACGGCGGCGGUGGUGGCGAAGAGGGCGCGCGUCUGCAGUACGCGUGCUUCUCUUGUGUAUCAGUCCUCUUUGUUAAAUAAGUGUUUUGAGGCACAGGCUCCUGCUGUGAGGUGAAGGGGGCCGCGAUUAGUGGGGAAGAAGAACAGAAGAAGAAGAAGAGUAAGAAGAAUAAGAGGUGGUCUGUGGAGGUGAUAACGUGGUAGUCGGGGAGAAAGGGGAGAGUGGAGAGUGUAUAGCUGGUGGUGGUGCUGGGGACGUAUGAUGUACAUCUAUCGUAUCGUAGUUGAAGAGUGAAAGCUUUUCUUCCCUUGAUCUGAUUGCUACUCGUGCUGGUGCUGUGGGCUUUGCUUGUCGUUUUGGUGCGAUGACGUUUUGAGAGGGG